UAUUCUUAUCCUUUCCGAUGAACUGAAGGAGGCAACGGGAUGUUCCAGAGCACGUUACUCUUCCUCCCUGCUGGUUCAUGUGUGUCUUCUAAUCUCUUCGCUCACUGUUUUCCAACCCCAACGUCCUCCCAACCAUGCCACUUUCAACGGUUGCAGUUAAAGCGACCGAAGAGGAGAACGCAGCGUUUUGUGUCAAGUACAAGUUACGAAGUGGGUGGAGGCUACCCAGAAGAGGAAUUAGAUGUACAAGACAGAUAUGGAAGACCCCAACAACGAGAGAACCAACGGUUGGAUUCCUCUCAACGUGAGGCUCUCCUCAAUGGAGGAGAACAGGUCAUCUCUGUUCUCCAGGAAAUGAUUACCCUUUUGGAAGACAUGAACAUGGAUGAAGCUUCUGAGAAAGUGGCAGUGGAGUUGGCUGCACAGGGAGUUAUUGGAAAGAGAGUUGAUGAGAUGGAAUCAAAUUUCAUGAUGGCUUUAGAUUACAUGAUCCAACUUGCUGAGAAUGACCAAGAUGACAAGCGUAAGACAUUGUUGGAAGUGAUCAAGGAGACUGUGUUAUCACAUUUAACAAAGAAAUGUCCUCCGCAUGUUCAAGUGAUUGGUCUUCUCUGUAGAACUCCCCAAAAAGAAAGCAGAUAUGAAUUACUACGACGAGUUGCAGCUGGUGGUGGUGUAUUUAAAGGCGAGAAUGACACUAAGAUACAUAUCCCAAAGGCAAAUCUAAAUGACAUAGCUAAUCAAGCUGAUGACCUAUUAGAGACAAUGGAAACUCGGCCUGUUGUACCUGAUCGAAAACUACUUGCAAGGCUUGUUUUGAUUAGAGAAGAAGCCCGAGAUAUGAUGGGAGGUGGGAUUUUGGAUGAAAGAAAUAACCGGGGUUUGUACACCCUUCCUCAAUCUGAGGUGAAUUUCUUAACCAAAUUGGUGGCAAUAAAACCUGGGAAAACUGUGCUGGAUAUGAUAAGAAAUGUAAUGCUAGGAAAAGAUGAGGGUGCAGACAACAUUGUUGACGAUGAAGAUGCUGCUGGGCAAAAGGCUUCAAGUGGAAUUGCUGGAAGGGCAAGUGUUACAGGACGGAAACCACUUCCAGUACGCCCAGGCAUGUUUCUUGAGACUGUCUCUAAGGUCUUGAGUGGAAUAUAUGCUGGAACAGACUCUGGCAUCACUGCACAGCAUCUAGAAUGGGUCCAUCAGAAGACACUUCAAGUGCUUCAGGAGAUUGCAUUUAGCUAAUCUUUUUCUCUGUUCUUGAUAUAAAGUGGGAUGAUGAUAUGCCCCAUUUUGUGUCCAAUUUUGAGCUUCAAGCUGCCAUAAAGACUUAGUGUUAGAUUAGAGUAUAGCAUUACACAUAGAUUAGAUUAAUUCAUAGGACCUUGUUAAAGAUAGUGCUGUAAAUUCUCUUGCACAAGAUAUAUGGUUUACAUUAAUAAUGUGUUGGAAUUUUGGAUUUUGGAUUUCAA